AUGUUUUUCAUUUAUAUAAUCUAAUUACUUUAAGUACUGGGAUAAGAUGAUGAUCCUAUUCACACUUCUAUCCUUUAUGGAAGUUCAGAUUUAGGAUAUUAUUUUGUUAACAUUUAUGUUGGCAAUCCUCCACAAAGACAAUCUGUUAUAAUAGAUACUGGAAGCUCAAUAACAGCUUUUCCUUGCGAUGCUUGUGAUUCAAAUUUAUCAUGCGGAAAUCAUUUAGAUUAAUACUAUAAUAGAAAGAAUUCAUCAACAUAUGAAGAUUUAAAUUGUAAAAGUUCAUUUGGGGAAUGCACCUGUCUUAGAUGUUCGAAUUAAUAAUGCAUUUUUUCAAUUUCAUAUUCUGAAGGAUCCCAUCUAGAAGGGUUUUAUGUAAAUGAUCAAGUGAUUUUUGGGGAUUUAUUGAUGGAGGCUAAGGCAUCUUCUAAUGAAUCAAUCUCAAAAAAGGAUAGUAGUGUGAGGAGUGUUUUUGGAUGUACUACUAGAGAAACAAAUUUAUUCAAAACUUAAUAGGCGAAUGGUAUAAUGGGAUUGUCUCCAAAGACAAACACUACUCUUGCAUUUCCUAAUAUUGUAGAUGAUAUUUAUAAACAACAUAGUGGAAUGAAAUUAUUCUUUUCUAUUUGCAUAGGAAGAAUUGAUGGUUUUAUGACAAUAGGAUAAUAUGAUUAUAAUAGACAUUAGUAAAAUAGUGCUUAUUAUACAAUUUAAUACUUUCAUACUGAAAAUAAACCAGUUUAUGGUAUUAAGAUUUCACAAAUUAGAGUUCAUAAUAAAACCAUAUUAGCUGGUGCAGAUUUAUAAGCAGGGGGAGGUUCUUUUGUAGAUUCUGGAUCUACACUUGUUAAUGCUCAUCCUGAUGUGACAAAAGCAUUAGUUAAUUUUUUUGUAUGUGAUUCUCCUAAUUGUCCUACAAUGUAAUAUUUUGAAGAUAUUGCAUGCUAUAUUUAUAAUAAAACGCUUCAUGGAUCAUAUGAAUAAUUUAUUUCAUUUUUUCCUACUUACCAAUUUAUAAUGGAUAAUAAUUUUAUAUUUGAUUGGACACCAAAAGAUUAUUUAACUAAAAGUAUGGAAUAACAUGAUGCUUAUUGUUUACCUGUUGCAGAAUAUUCUGGAAAUGUUAGAAUGAUUUUAGGUUAGGUAUGGAUGAGAAAUUGGGAUAUAGGUUUUGACAAAGAAAAUUAAACUCUAACUUUUGUAAGAAGUAAUUGUUCCUCAGAUAAUCUUAAACAUAAUUUUACUGCUGAUGAUUGGUUUUUAAAAGAAUUAAAUUAAUCAAAUAAUACAUUGAAAAUCAGACAUCCUCCAAAAAAUGUCGAUUAAGAAUUUUGUAUAUUAAAAAUUUAUAUUUUAUAGUAUACGAAGCUGUUAAAAUAAUAGUUGUAAUUGUUACAUCUAUAAUCAUAAUUAUAUUUAUAGUUUUUAUUAGAAGAAGAAAAUUAAAUAAACAAAUUAAAAAGGGAUCUAAAUUGCCAGAAGCUGAAGAUGAAACUUAGAAAACAGUCCAACAAAAGGUUGUUGUUGUUUAAUGA